GCAACUUUCUAGCCAAACACGAAAUUGUGCUGACUCUGCAAAUUUCUGGGCGGCCUUCUUCAGCUUCUUCCACGACACUCCACCAACCACCCAUUCAACACAACGCGCAUGUAGACACCACACCUCCUCCUGUUGUCGUCGUGUCUCUCUUCCACGCCACCACCACGCACCAUGGCUCGCGGAAACCAGCGUGAACUUGCUCGCAAGAAGAACAUGAAGAAGCAGCAAGAUGCCAAGAAGGGAAAGCGCUCAGAUGACGGCCUCACCCCACAGCAGCGUCGCGAGCGCGACGCACAGCGGCUGCAGGAGAAGGCUGCGAAGAAGGCUGCCAUGAAGGCCGAGCAGGAGAAGGGCCAGAAGAAGAAGUGACACGCGCGUGCGCACAUUCACGCAUGCUCCACAACAACACGCACACUCGUCUCUCUGCUUAAUCGCCAUUGCUUGUCUUCUUCCCUUCUUCAUCUUCUUGUUUGCGUGUGGUGUCUCCUUGCUUGUUUGUGUUGCCCUCUCGCCUCUUGCCUGUCUUACCCUACUUUGCCUGUCCCCUCUUCUUCUCUAUUCGCCUCUCUGCCCGUUUGCCUGCACCCUUUUGUGUUUUUGGUUUCUUUCAUGUGCUGCAUUCCUUUGCACAGUGCGCACACACACCAUAAACGCCAAGGAUUCG